GUUUUGUCCCGUUUUGACUUUGGCAGUUUCCUUGACAAUUCAAACAGAAUUUCAAGUAGAAAUUUUAAUUUAAUAAAACCGAGAGAACAAAACCAAAUUUCCCGUAAUCACAAAAUUUGGUUAAAUCUGAUUCUGGAAUACACAGUCUCCACAGUGUGAUGUAAUCCCGCUAACCUAGUUCAAAACCAACUGUUCUUUGACAUUGAACUUUGACCUCCGUGUUUUAACAAAAAUUACGCACAAUGCUCGUUCGAAAACUGUUCCUAACCUCAAAUUUGCGCCAAUUCGUGGCCCCCAUUCUCGCCCGCAAAAUGUCAACAUCCACCGAUGACGUCAUCUUCCAGGACGUAGGAGACAAGGGUGUCAUCACCUUGAACCGCCCCAAAGCCCUAAACGCCCUUAAUCUUUCCAUGGUGAAUAAACUCCACUCCAAAUUGACAGAAUGGGAGUGUGAAAAAAGCCUGGUUAUAAUCAAGGGGGCCGGCGGCAAGGCUUUUUGCGCCGGCGGCGACGUCAAAUCCGUCGCCUUGGCUGGAAUGAAAGGGGAAAAAUUAGGCCACAGUUUCUUCAAACAGGAGUACAAAACAGAUGGGUUAAUUGGAACCUACAAAGUCCCGUAUGUCGCUCUAAUCGACGGGAUAGUGAUGGGCGGAGGCGUGGGGUUGUCCGUGCACGGGCCGUACCGCGUAGCCACCGAACGCUCGGUUUUCGCAAUGCCGGAGACCCAAAUCGGGCUAUUCCCAGACGUCGGGGGCUCCUACUUUCUCCCGCGAUUGAGGGGCAAGUUGGGCUUGUUUUUGGCCUUGACGGGGUACAGGUUGAAAGGUGCCGAUAUUUACAAAGCCGGGAUUGCCACACAUUAUGUGGAUAGUAAGGAUUUGGAGGCGUUGGAGUGUGAUUUGUUGAAGUGCCAGAAUGUGAAUGGGAUUGACACUACGUUGAAGAGGUACAGUGUGAAAGAUACCGGGGAGUUUUGUUUGGAGCCUAUGAUGAAGGAUAUCAAUCAGUGGUUUUCGGGGGGUUCUGUUGAAGACAUUGUUACGAAUUUGAAGAAAAAUGGGUGUACGUUUGCACAAGAAAUAGUUCAUUUGUUGGGGAAGAUGUCUCCGACGAGCAUGAAGGUUACGAUGAAGCAGCUGGAGUGUGGGAGUAAGAUGACGCUGGAGGAGUGCUUGCAGAUGGAGUAUAGGAUUGCUGUUAAUUGCUUGGCGAACAAAGAUUUUUAUGAAGGUGUUAGGGCCCUUCUCAUCGAUAAGGACCAAAAUCCGAAAUGGAAUCCUGCGACCCUCCCAGAAGUAUCAUCUGAUUUAGUGGAAAGCCAUUUUGCGAAGCUUCCUGAGGACCAGGAGUUGAGGCACAAGCUGUGAUGUUUUGUAUAUUAAUAAACCAUAGUUUAUAUUA